CGCCCCGCAUAGGGCGCCCCAUUCGGGAGAUGUUCCAAAUGCACGCUGAGAUGUGCAUGUGGGGGCGCAGAUGUGAUCUCCAUUUUGCCACAAUCACUUUUAAAAAUGUUCGAACGGGUCCCAACUGGUUUAUCCCUUAUUUAUUCAUUUCUCUCCACUCCCGCCUUAGCUUGCUAUAUUCUUACUGUAUUAAUCCGUGGAGUUUCUCUGAUAUAAUUAUGGCUUCUACCUUGUUGUCGUCUCUGCAAAUCGUAAAGAGUUCCUGCUCAAGUUUCACUGACAAUCAGAAUUUCAAUCAUCAUCGUAGAAGGAAGACUUUCUUCUGUCUGAAUGUCUCAGAGGAAAUAAGCAUCACUGAGCCAGGGACACAGCAAGAUGAAAGGAAGUCCAUAGGGUGCUUUGAGAAAGUCCCACACACUGAUAACCUUGUCCUCAAAUCCCCGGGACCACCACAACAUGCAGGCCCUCUGGUUAGUGCACUAGAAACUUCUUCCAAACAAGAUGCUGCUAGCUUUCACUUCCCUGGACACAAUAGGGGGCGUGCUGCACCCCCUCUGUUAACUCGACUUAUUGGUACCAGACCAUUCCUGCAUGACUUACCUGAGCUUCCAGAGCUUGACAAUCUCUUUUCUCCAGAGGGCCCCAUUUUAUAUGCACAGAGGCAAGCAGCCAAACUUUUUGGAUCAUCUGAAACAUGGUUUCUUGUUGGUGGUACCACGUGUGGGAUCCAGGCAGCUAUCAUGGCUACUUGUUCCCCUGGCAAUGUCCUCAUCCUCCCUCGGAAUUCUCAUAUAUCAGCCAUAUCUGCUAUGGUAUUAUCUGGUGCACUACCAAAAUACAUCAUUCCUGAGUACAAUAUGGAGUGGGACAUCACUGGUGGGGUUACACCUUCACAGGUAGAGAAAACAAUAAAAGAAUUGGAGGCGGAAGGUCUGAAAGCCAGUGCAGUUUUUGUUACUUCUCCUACUUACCAUGGAAUUUGCAGCAAUUUGAGUGAAAUCACACAGAUCUGUCAUUCCUGUGGAAUCCCCAUAAUAGUUGAUGAGGCACAUGGGGCUCACUUUGGAUUUCAUCCUAAGCUGCCUGGUUCUGCCCUUAAGCAAGGUGUGGACCUUGCAGUGCAAUCCACACAUAAAGUUCUAUGUUCUCUUACGCAGUCAUCCAUGUUACACAUGGCAGGUGAUAUUGUAGAUAGAGAGAGGAUACGCAGCUGUCUUCAAACACUUCAAAGCACCAGUCCCAGUUAUCUCCUUCUGGCAUCAUUAGAUGCAGCUACAGCUCAAUUAGCUGAAAACCCCAAAACUGUUUUUAAUGAAGCAAUAGAACUAGCUAUUGAAGCAACACAAAUUAUCAAGAGCAUUCCUGGCAUUUCAGUCCUUGACUUUUCAAGCUUCUCUAACAUUUCUACCAUUGAUCUCUUGCGGAUUACCAUUGGUUUGUGGCAGCUUGGCCUAUCUGGUUAUGAAGCAGACAAGAUCUUAUGUAGUGACCAUGGGGUCAUUGCUGAGCUUGCUGGGACUCGGUCUUUGACAUUUGCUAUCAACUUAGGGACCUGCAGACGGGACAUUGAGAGGCUUGUAUUUGGACUAAAGCAAUUAUCAACUACUUUCUUCAGGUAUGGUGGCAGUGAGAGGAAGUUGCUAAACACUGAUUGUGCACCUUUUGCUGAUUUUGGCACGAGACUGAGUCCUAGAGAGGCUUUUUUUGCCAGUAAAAGAAGAGUAAGUGUAGCAGAGAGUCUUGGUGAGGUAUCUGGGGAAAUUAUAUGCCCAUAUCCACCGGGGAUUCCAGUGGUGAUCCCUGGUGAGGUUAUUACAGCAAGAGCUUUAGAUUAUCUCUUGGGGGUUAAAAAUAAUGGUGCUGUUAUUAGUGGAGCAUCUGAUUCUCAACUGUCUUCCAUGCUAGUCUGCAAUUUGUAAUCGUAGAGCUUAAGAACAUUGAUACUUGUAUGAGCAACCAUGUAAGAAUGCUUCCUGCCAUUACCUGGUAAUAUAAUUGCAGGUUGUGGCAGCCUA